AGCAGCUUCCCAAAGCCGUGCUGGAGAAGUCUGGAAUCGCGGGGUCGACGACCAAUCAGUUGUCUCGUCGGGCCAUGAUGACGCCGACGGCGGGUCGGAUCAAGUCCGCGCGUCACUGAUCAAUGCCUGCUUUCUGCUCCCAGAGUUCCCGAGAUACGAUUCGAGUGGUGCCGCCGCCAUAAAGGCUCCCCAGCUGUCUAUUUUAUAGUAGUGCCUCCUAGUAUGGUCUCGGAACCGUGCCCAAAUAAGAGAGACGCAUUGUUGACUUUGUUACACCAUUCAGAUCUGCCACGCGUGUAAGUGCAUACGGGACUGCCGAGGAGCAACGAUGAAGCAAUUCGUACUCCUCUUCGCGGCUACUGCCGCCGCCCUGGUCACACCCAGCGUGGUCAGGAAGCAACAGACACCUCUAGCCACAAAUCAGGACAAGACUGCAGAGCAAAAUGCGGUUCAGGCCUGGUGGGAUGCGCUCCCCAACGCGGGAAACCUCAUGUCCCCGAUCGAGGACCGCAUCACAAAGAGCAUCCAGCACAGCAGCCUUGAUAGCUUCCUCUCCCUGAUCGACUCUGAAGAGCAGGAGGAAGACCACCCCCACCCCCGCCCCUGGCCCCCUCAUGGCGGCCACGGCCGUCACGGCCACCGCGGCGAUCCCGACAAGACCAUCUACGAGCUGAUCAAGGAGAACAAGCACACAACCAAGUUCGCCGAGCUGGUCGACAAGUACGACGAGAUCAAGCAGCUGCUCGAGGACACCAAGCACAACCACACCCUCUUCGUCCCGACCGACCGCGCCUUCGAACACGUCCCCCACCACGGCCACGGCCACUGCGGCGGGGACGAUGAUGACGACAAAAACAACAACAACGACGGCGACCACAAGAAACCCUGCAAGGAAUUCAUCCUCGCGCUCCUCAAAUACCACAUCACGCCAGGACUCUACCCCCUCCACCGCAUCCACACAAGCCACACCCUCCCCACUGAACUGCACCCCCCGGCCCUCGACACCUCCACCAGCAGCAGCAGCAACAACCACCCCCAACGAAUCCGCACCUCCACCACCCCCCUAAUCCCCCUCACCCACCUCAACUUCCACGCCCGCCUCAUCACCGGCGACUUCGCCGCCAAAAACGGCCUCAUCCACGCCCUCGACGCCAUCCUCCUCCCACCCCCCAGCCAAACAACCAUCAUCCGCCUGCUGCCCGCACCAUUCAGCACGCUGGCGCUGGCGCUGCAGACGACGGGGCUGGAUAAGGAAUUGAGCACGGGCGGGGAGGGGGCGCUGCCGCGGAGUGGCGGGGGCACGUUCUUCGCGCCGACGAAUCGUGCUUGGGAGAGGUUGGGGCCGAGGGUGAAUGCUUUUCUGUUUUCGGAGAGGGGGAGGCCGUUUUUGAGGGCGUUGGUGAGGUAUCAUGUGGUGGUUAAUGAGACGGUUUAUUCGGAUGGGUAUUAUCGUGGUGGGGGUGGCGGUGACGGGAAGGGGGAGGGGGAGGGGGAGGGUGAAGGUGAAGGUGAGGGGGUGGGAGGGGGGUAUUGGCAUGUGGAUUUGCCGAGUUUGUUGCAUGGGAAGCCGGUUAGUGUGGAUAUCAAGACGUGGAAGGGGUUUGUGUCGAUUGUGGUGAACGGGUUUGUGCAGGUGGUGGUGAGGGAUGGGGUCGCGGAUGAUGGUGUGCUGCAGGUUGUCGGACGGGUGCUGAUCCCGCCGCAUAGGCAUCAUGAUGGGCAUGGUGGUGAGGAGGCGGAGAAUAUGAGCGUCGAGGAGCUGAAGGAUCGGCUGGAGCCGUACUUGGAGGAGGCGGAGGAGUCUGGUGGACGGGAGAACAUGGGCGAUUUGUAGGUUGCUGGUGGGCAGUUGUUCGGGGUAGGUAACCCAUAUGUGUUGACCUCGGAGGACUUGGAUAUCUCCUAUCUGCACACUCGUUUAGCAAGU